AUGCUUUCUCUUCCAAAUGAAGUUCAAUUCGACAUAUUAAAAUGUCUUAAUUUCAAGCAAUUAUUUUCUGUUAAACAAACAAAUUUUAAUUUUUCCGAUUUAAUUAAUAAAUAUGAGGGAAAAUUGGCUCGGAAGGAAUUUGAUAGCCUCAUGCUAUGGCAACUAGCGAUAGCUGAAUCAAUUCCACUGUAUUUAGAUGAAUUUGGCAAAAAAGUAUUUUAUUUGAGGACAAAAGGUUUAAAUUCAUUGUGUGUAAAGUAA